AGUGAACGUGUUAUUGUGAAAAGCAGAAUUUGGUUACUGAAAGUUUUCUACAAUCAGAGGACUGAAGCAGAAAGUUAAAGGGAAAGUCCCCGGAAAAGGAUUUAAUUAGGACUUAACACACGCGAGCUCGUGACACGCCCAUCCGAAUUACAGCACAGCGCGCGACUGGACAGCACAGAGAGAGAGAGAGAGAGAGAGAGAGAGAGAGAUUGUUUGUGCGCGUGCGUGGGUGUGUGCGUGUGUGUGUAGAGAUGAAGGUACAGUUCGCUCCGCUAAAUAUCCCGGUGAGGAGGCGCGUGCAGACCGCCGCGGUGCUGCAGUGGAUCUUCUCCUUCCUCGCGCUUGCUCAGUGCUGUCUGGCGGCCUUCGUGCUGCUCUGCGUCAGUGAUUGGUGGAUUUUGGCCGCGCUUUAUGCUGGUUGGCUAUAUUUAGACAGGGACACGCCCACAAGUGGAGGUCGAAGGUCACAUUGGGUCAGGAGCUGGACUAUGUGGAAAUACUUCAGGGACUAUUUCCCCAUCUCGUUGGUGAAGACGGUGGAUUUGGACCCUAAACGUAAUUAUAUCUUUGGAUUUCACCCUCACGGUGUUCUGGUGGCUGGUGCUUUUGGGAAUUUCUGCACAGAAGCAUCACAGUUUUCCAAGCUGUUCCCGGGCCUCACCCCGUACCUGCUCAUGCUGCCCUUCUGGUUCCGAGUACCUUUUUUCAGAGACUACAUCAUGUUUGCAGGGUUGGUGUCGAGUGAGAAGACAAGUGUGAGUUACCUCCUAAGUCAUCCAGGGGGCGGGGCUGCAGCGGUGGUGGCAGUGGGCGGAGCUCCAGAGAGCCUGGAGGCGCGGCCUGGAGCACUGACUCUCCAGCUACUGCAGAGGAAAGGCUUCAUCAAACUCGCACUCAAACACGGCGCAGUGUUGGUUCCUGUGUUCUCCUUUGGGGAAAAUGAGCUGUUUGAUCAGAUGGAGAACCCUGUAGGCUCCGCUCUCCGCCGGGUUCAGGACCGCCUCCAGAGAUGUAUGGGUGUGGCUUUGCCUCUGUUUCACGCCAGAGGGGUGUUUCAGUACAGCUUCGGCCUGUUACCCUAUAGAAAACCUAUACACACUGUGGUUGGAAGGCCGAUAGCAGUCGAUCUGAAUCCGUGUCCCACUAAAGAGGACAUAGAUUGUCUUCACCAGCGCUACAUGGAGGGUCUGACUCAGCUUUUUGAAGAGAACAAGGAGAAGUAUGGCAUCGAUAAAGACAAACACCUCAAAUUUAUCUGAAACCUGUCUGUCUCUCAAACUGUCUGUCUGUCUGUCUGUCUGUCUGUCUAAUGGCCUGUUGUGAAAUGUUACAUGUGUCUGUGUGUCUGUUUGUGUUAUCUGAAACAUUUAAGAAAGUAAGAACUACUAAAAACAAUUUUGUUCCUAAUUAAUAUGUAUGAGUUGGUGAUGUCAUGAGUCUUAAUGAUCAUUAACCAGAAAUUAUUUGUUUUACUUUAGUGCCUUUAGCCAUAUGAGCUUUACGUACCAGAGUGUGAUGGGUUAACGAUGUAGACGUGGACAAUUUAUAAACAUAUACGCUUUGGAGAACACUUAGUGUGUGUGUGUGUGUGUGUGUGUGUGUGUGUGUGUGUGUGUGUGUGUGUGUGUGUGUUUAACAGCCGAAUCUGAACUUGUUUAACGAGACCUCGAAUCUCCAGAGGAAAUAAAGACGUUCCUUUGGAAAUGUGUCUGAACAACUGAAUAAAACUGAUGAUAAAUGUUUUAAAAGUGAAAUAUUAUAAAGUGAAAUACACGAUUGUGUUUAUUUUUACAGAUGUUACACUAACAGAGCUGGGAAACAUCUGGAUUUAAUAAAAAAGUUUUUAAAUGGA